AUGGUGAAGGUAGACACCGAUCCCUAUGAACGACUCAUAUGGGCUGUUGAGGCUUUGAAAGUCGGAGGACUGAAUGGACAGCAGCAAGCCUCCAAGGCACCAGUGUACCAAACCGAGCCUCCGUUCGAAUUCGAAGUUGACCCGACUAUACUGAAGGUUAAUAAGCUGAAGAAGCUUCUCAAACGAACACAGGGUGUGAACUCAAUCCCCGACAUCGAAGAUGGAUACACCGACUCCGCGAUAACUUUGCCAAAUCGGUUUAAAAUGCCACACAUAGAUCGGUUUGAUGGCUCUAGGGAUCCCAUGGUCCAUCUGGGGUUGUUCUCUGAAAUCCUAUGGCCGAUGGGCCUUACUAGACUUCAAAAGCUGCCACUUUUCGGCCGGACCUUGUCAAGAAUAACAGCUAUCUGGUAUGCAAAGCUGGAGGACUCUGUGAAGCGGAGCUGGGAGGAAAUAGCUGAGGCUUUCAUCGCACAGUACUCCUACAAUACCCAGAUCGAGGUCAUAGCCCAUGAUCUUGAGGCAACCAGUCAGGAGCCAAAAGCGGGCUUCUCAGACUUUGUGACUAGGUGGAGGGCCAAGGCUUCAAUGAUGACUACCAGGCCAUCUGAGAAGGAUCAAAUCAGGAUGGUGGUCCACAAUCUGCAAGGAAAAUUAUUACAGAAGAUGAUUGUCUUGCCAUUGUUCACAUUCACUGAGCUCUAUGAGAUAGGUGCUCAGAUUGAAGAUGCAAUGAAACAGGGGUUAAUAGCCAAUGAGAAGAAGUAG